AUGCCAGCUUCCAGCCUCUGGGGCACCACAGUUGCCUCUCGGCCCUCACCCUCGCCCACGGCCACGCUGUCACCCAAGAAGGCAAAGAAGACCACCGAACGCACAAGUCUCAGCGAUGACGAGCUAAGGCGACGCAUACUCGCCAAUGCGCUAGUCCUCUUCCCCUCCUCCGGCGCUCAACGCGACGCCUAUGAAAUCGUCUACGGCACACGACCCCGCUGCGUCUCUCCCGACGGCGAUGACAACCCGUGGCAAUACGCCAUGCUGCUGCGCUGCAGUCCGUCGGGCGAGUACACGCCGCUGAUGCGCGGGCAGGCGUGGAGCACGACGGUGCCGUGGUCGAUGGCGUUGCAGGGCUUGCUGGACACCACAGCCGCGGCGAUUCAUAAGAAGUUGGGGGUGAGGGACAUGCCGGCGCCGGGGAUGGUAGAGGAGUUACCGCGGUAUUCGGAUGCGAUGAGGUGUACGGUGACGCAGUGA